UCUUAAUUUAUAAAACCCCAACUAGGCCCGGAAAGAAGAUUCAACAGUCUUUCUUGCCUAUUCCUCCUUUUCAGAAUAACUCGUUUUGUCUUGGUUUGAUUCUUUACAACUUCAACACUUUCAAAGCGGUGUUAUAACAACUUAUGGUUGCACUGAGAUAACUAUGGCGGAAACGAUCGGACUUGCCUCUGGAAUACUUGCAUUGGCGACGUUUGCCUUUCAAAGCAGUGUCUCUCUUUAUGAGACAGUGAAAAGUUUUCAAUCGCAUCCAAAGCGUGUCCGUGACCUUCUCGGGGAGCUGGAAGCUUUGAGCGCCGUGCUGGCACCCCUUGUUGAUCUAGUAAAAUCGACAUCUGAGGUUGAUCUAUCAGUCCUCGAUCUGCCAUUGUUCCGAUGCGGCAAUGCCUGCAAGGAGUUCCAGCAAGAGCUACUCCGAUGCGCGUCAAGAUCGAGCAGUAGUCGCGCAAGUUUCCGUGAUUGGGCAAGAUUGACAUACAUGGGUGGCAAUAUUGAUGAUUUGCGUGACUUAUUGGCAGGAUACAAAGCUACAAUUAAUAUUGCCUUGACUGAUGCCACACUGCGCCAAUCUACGGUUGCUGUUGAAAGCAUCAGGGACUAUGAGGGUCUGAUUCAAGAUACGAAGGAAGACCUGGGGGCUCGACUUGAGAAUAUUGAUCAAAAGUUAAAGCAGCUGGCUGAGAAGAACGGAAUUCUCUCUGAACUAGAUGCAAGUGAACUGCACUCAUUGAAGGAGGAGCGCCGGAGUACAGAAAAAUGCCUUCAGAUUUGCGCCCAGUUGUCAAGCCAUAUCGAUCAAAUUCAGCUGAUAUCCGACAAUGCAAGCCCUGCUGACGGAUCUGAGAUGGCUGAUAUGUCGCCCGAGACUGUUACGAAUGAAGGCUUACAAGAAUGUAAAAGGAGUCUAAUUGCUACAACCGCCAAGUUGGAAAAGCAUAUGCAAGAUGUCAUGGAUCGGCUGGUCGCGAAAUCGAGAACUACCGUUUCUGAUGAAGAUGCCCAAGAUUUGUCGCGGCUACGUGACGAAUGGGAGGCCGCUCGGCAGUGCUUGGAUAUCUGCACCCGUGCGGAUAGUCACUUCAAGGAGACUGUCAGUGUUAUCGAGAACCACGGCACUGGUGACGCUCUGCAGUUUAUGGUUUCCGCGAAUGGGAAAGUUCUUCAUGGAAAAAAUCGGGGUCUGGGUUGGAGGAAUAGACAAGUAGGAGGCUAUAUGAGCAACGAGUCAAUCCAGCAGCUAUCACGAGACCUCACAGCUCAUCACAUUGUUUAUUCGAGAAAUGAAGAGCCCACCUCAGAAUCCGAUACUUUGCCACGCGCAAGCGAUGCGGCGGGAGAUGAGACGGUUCCCGAAUUUAAGGAACGGUACGGGCGAGGUUUCACCCUAAGAUCGGCGCCGACACCAGAGACAAACAUAUCGUUCCGCAGUGCGAGCAAGCAGUAGAGCUUCAGCCUGUGAUCUUGCCACAAAAAGGCCCUAUAUAAAUGAUCUGUCUUUUCAUUGCAUUUUCCUUAUUUCAUUUGCAAGGGAUCUUGCUUGUUGGCUCCUCUGCUCUAAUGUGUUACUGUCAGAACCUUCACGAAACUAGGAGACGCUUCCUUUUUUCUGGCUUUGAGAUUUGGAAGAGAAAUUGGAAAUGUUGCUUGGCGCAGGAGAUCUGUAAGUGGUGUCAGACUGUUUGUUAAUGAUCUGCCUUGCCUACUUUCGGUUGUAUUCCUGUUUCUCUCGGUGGUCGGAGGAAGCACUGAAAUGCCCGGCAUGCCAUCAGCAUUUUGUUUGGGAGCGGAAAAGAGGCUGGUGAGAUAACGUCUUUCCAGAUUGUUGCAAAUUGAGGCCAUCAGUUCAAGGAUUCUGAAUCGUUUAAGACCAGCUCAUUUGGCCUCCAAAGAAGGCAACGAGGACCAGUUACUGGACAAGAUAAGACAAUUUCAGGGAAG